GAGAGAGAAGGGAGAGGACGAGCGCUAAAGAGAGGGCUGCCCCCGUCCACUUGACCAACUGGAGGACUCCAGACUUCCACAAAACUUAUGGCUGCAUGAGAAAUCCCGUUCUUCUUCCCCCCCGCUCUCUCUCUCUUUUGCCGGGAUCUGUGGGCUACCAAUUCUCUCCUGAUCACAAGUUGUCACAGAGUUUUUUUCUUCCAGUCGCUCUAAAGAAAUAAUCGAUCCACAUUUGCUGUGGACGUCCCGCGACGGCCAUGGAUACCCACAUAAGAUGGAAAGUUAAAAGGAGGUUAAGGGACGUGCAACUCACUCUAGCGAUAAUUAUAUUUUUUGUCACUUCAGAAGCCCGUUCAGCAGAACCUGCGGAUCUCUUGAAGAUUUUAGAUUUUCACAGUUUGCCUGAGGGUGUAACGAAAACCACGGGAUUCUGCUCGCAUAGGAAGUCUGCGAAAGGCCCCGACGUGGCCUACAGAGUAACCAAAGAUGCCCAGCUCAGCACCCCUACCAAACAGCUCUACCCUGCUUCUGCGUUUCCGGAGGACUUCUCCAUCCUGGCCACGGUGAGGCCGAAGAAGGGCAGCCAGGCCUUCCUGCUGUCGCUCUACAACGAGCAGGGCAUCCAGCAGCUGGGUCUGGAGGUGGGCCGCUCGCCCGUCUUCCUGUACGAGGACCACACAGGCAAGCCCGGCCCCGAGGACUACCCGCUCUUCAGGGGCAUCAACCUGUCCGACGGAAAGUGGCACCGUGUUGCAAUCAGCGUGCACGGGCAGACCAUUACCCUCAUCCUGGACUGUAAGAAGAAGUUGGUACGCACCCUGUCACGCUCGGCGCACCCCAUCAUCGACACCAAGGGUAUUGUGGUCUUUGGCACACGUAUCCUGGAUGAGGAGGUCUUUGAGGGUGACAUCCAGCAGCUGCUGGUUGUGUCUGACCCCCGCGCAGCCAUGGACUACUGUGAGCACUACAGCCCUGACUGUGAGGUGGCCGCCCCGGAACAGCCCCAGGCCCAGGACCCCAACACCGACGAAUACAACACGGAGGAGGACAGCUACUACUAUGAGUACCCCUACUAUGAGGACCAGGACGUGAAGGCAGAGGACGGCACCGACGCACCUGAUGAGGAGCUGACUGUGGGAGGUGGAGACCGCAUCGUCACCUCCGUCACCUCUGUGGGUGGAGGCGCAAGCUCGUCCAGCAGCAGCAGCAGCAGCAGCGCGGGCGGAGGCAGCAGCCGAGUGGCCGCGGAGUCCCACACCGACACGGGCGCCGGCGGCUCGGACACCUACGAGGGCUACGACUCCUACGACUCCUACUACGACGAGGCCAGCCCCUCACCGGACACCAGCAGCAGCAGCAGCAGCAGCAGCUCCAACCACCGGGUCACCAUCACUGACGCCGGCUCGGAAUCGGAGCUGGACCUGGGCUUGGGCGGCAAGGUGGAAAUGGGAAUUGGAGCCGAGGUGGAUAAAAUCAUCACCACCGGAGGUGGAGGAACCGGCAGCUCGAGCACCAUCACCAGGAUCAUCAACAGCACCGCCGUGGCUGGUGGAGACGGCUACGACGACGGCUACGGCGAGGGCUACGACUCGUACUCGUACGGCGAGGGCUCCGACUACAGCGUGGGCACCGGCGGCGGGGUCGGUGGCGGCAGCAGCAGCAGCAGCAGCAGCAGCAGCCAUGGUGGCGGCGGCUCCAGCAGCAGUAGCCACACCAUCACCAUCGGAGGCGGCGCCGCCGGAGGUGGAGGAGCAGGAGGAGCAGGAGCAGCAGGAGGAGCAGGAGGAGCAGCGGGCAACGGCAGCUGGAGCACGGUCACCAUCGGAGGCGGCUCGGUGUCGGCGGGAGGCGGCUCGGUGUCGGUCGGAGGCGGCGGUGGUGGCGGUGGAGGUGGCGCCACAGGAACAGGACAGGGUGGUCUGGGCGCGGAGAUGGAUUACGAGGAUCUGGACAUUAAGGAUUACGACGACAAGGAGAUUAAAGACAUCUACGAGAGCUACCCCGACUACUACACAGACAAGGACGGGGAUACAUCACUGCCUGCACAGACCGAGUAUGGACAAGGACAGGUGGAUGGAGCCAGGGGAGAGAAGGGACAAAAAGGAGAGCCUGCUGUCAUUGAGCCUGGAAUGCUGGUGGAGGGACCACCUGGUCCUGAAGGCCCAACUGGUCUGCCUGGUCCCCCAGGUUCCAGUGGCUCUCCGGGCAGUCCCGGAGAUCCCGGCGAGAGGGGUCCAAAUGGUCGUGCUGGUCUUCCUGGUGCUGAUGGUCUUCCAGGGCCCCCUGGGACAGUCUUGAUGCUGCCUUUCCGCAUGAGCUCUGGUGGAGAUGGAGGCAGCAAGGGCCCAGCUAUGUCUGCUCAGGAGGCCCAGAUGCAGUCCAUGAUGCAACAAGCCAGACUUGCCAUGCGUGGCUCUACUGGCCCUAUGGGUCUCACAGGUCGGCCAGGACCACUGGGUCCUCAUGGUCCUCCCGGACUGAAGGGAGAGUCUGGUGAAGGUGGUCCACAGGGUCCCCGUGGCCCUAUGGGCACCUCCGGGCCCACAGGAAAGCCGGGCCGCAGGGGUCGUGCUGGUGCUGAUGGAGCCAGAGGAAUGCCCGGCCAGACCGGUACCAAGGGUGACAGGGGUUUCGAUGGCCUGGCUGGACUUCCCGGAGAGAAGGGACACAGAGGUGAAUCUGGACCUCAGGGACCACCUGGGCCAUCAGGAGAGGAUGGAGAGAGAGGAGAUGAUGGAGAGAUCGGACCUAGGGGACUUCCAGGUGAAUCUGGACCUCGUGGUUUGUUGGGACCUAAAGGACCUUCAGGGCCCCCUGGACCUCCUGGUGUGACUGGAAUGGACGGCCACCCCGGACCCAAAGGAAACAUUGGACCUCAGGGAGAGCCAGGACCUCCAGGACAGCAAGGCGGCCCUGGUGCUCAGGGACUACCAGGGCCUCAGGGAGCAAUUGGAGUACCCGGAGAGAAGGGUCCAACUGGAAAACCAGGUCUACCAGGAAUGCCAGGAGCUGAUGGCCCACCAGGUCACCCAGGCAAAGAGGGCCCAUCUGGAGAGAAGGGACAUCUGGGACCCAGUGGUCCUCAGGGCCCCAUCGGAUAUCCUGGACCCAGAGGAGUGAAGGGAGCUGAUGGAGUCCGUGGCCUGAAAGGAGGCAAGGGUGAAAAGGGCGAGGAUGGAUUCCCAGGCUUUAAGGGAGACAUGGGUAUAAAGGGCGACAGGGGAGAGCUCGGACCUCAUGGACCCAGAGGAGAGGACGGUCCUGAGGGACCCAAAGGAAGGUCAGGUCUCCCUGGAGACUCUGGUCCUCUUGGAGUAAAUGGAGAAAAGGGUAAAUUGGGUGUGCCCGGGUUGCCAGGUUACCCAGGAAGACAAGGACCAAAGGGUUCUCAGGGAUUCCAAGGAUUCCCAGGCGCUAACGGAGAUAAGGGUACCAGGGGAACAGCAGGCAAGCCAGGCCCCAGAGGUCAGAGGGGACCAACGGGACCACGUGGAGAGAGGGGACCCAGAGGUCCAACAGGAAAAGCCGGACCAAAGGGUAACUCAGGAAGCGACGGCCCCCCAGGACCUCCCGGUGAACGGGGUCUGCCAGGGCCUCAGGGUCCAACUGGAUUCCCCGGACCAAAGGGACCCCCUGGACCAGCUGGGAAAGAUGGACUGCCCGGACAUCCAGGACAGAGAGGAGAGACUGGUUUCCAAGGCAAGACUGGACCUCCAGGACCCCCAGGUGUGGUUGGACCUCAGGGCCCCACAGGUGAGACUGGACCAAUGGGAGACCGUGGGCACCCUGGACCCCCAGGCCCACCAGGUGAGCAGGGUCUGCCAGGAUCCGCCGGAAAGGAAGGAGCCAAGGGAGACCCAGGUCCCGCUGGCCCCACUGGUAAAGAUGGCCCACCUGGCAUGAGAGGCUUCCCCGGAGAACGUGGUCUUCCAGGUGCAACGGGAGCCGAUGGUCUGAAAGGAAGCGAGGGACCCAAUGGUCCACCUGGUCCUGCUGGCUCCCCUGGUGAGCGCGGUCCUUCUGGCCCAGCUGGACCCACUGGUCUGCCAGGUCGCCCUGGACCACAGGGACCUCCCGGCCCCAACGGCGAGAAGGGAGGACCAGGCGAGAAAGGACCCCAGGGCCCUGCUGGUCGCGAUGGCAUCCAGGGACCAGUAGGUCUGCCUGGGCCUGCUGGACCUCUCGGACCCCCUGGAGAGGAUGGAGAUAAGGGAGAGCUCGGUGAGCCCGGUCAGAAGGGAAGCAAAGGAGAGAAAGGAGAACAUGGUCCCCCUGGUCCUACUGGACCACAAGGUCCUGUUGGUCAGCCCGGUCCAUCUGGAGCGGACGGCGAGCCUGGACCCAGAGGUCAGCAGGGUCUGUUCGGACAGAAGGGAGACGAAGGCUCCAGAGGAUUCCCCGGACCUCCAGGUCCCGUCGGUCUACAGGGUCUGCCAGGACCUCCAGGCGAGAAGGGAGAGACUGGUGACGUGGGUCAGAUGGGUCCCCCUGGUCCUCCUGGACCCAGAGGCCCUGCCGGACCCACAGGAGCAGAUGGACCCCAGGGACCUCCAGGUGGCAUCGGUAACCCAGGAGCUGUUGGAGAGAAGGGUGAUUCCGGUGAAGCAGGAGAGCCCGGACUGCAGGGAGACGUCGGCCCUCCGGGUCCAAGAGGCGAGCGUGGAGAGAAGGGAGAAGGUGGUCCCGCUGGUGCUGCUGGACCUCCCGGUCCUAAAGGCCCCCCCGGAGACGACGGUCCUAAAGGCAGCCCCGGUCCAAGCGGUUUCCCUGGUGAUCCUGGUCCUCCUGGAGAGCCUGGUCCCGCCGGAUUGGAUGGAUUACCUGGUGACAAGGGUGAUGACGGAGAGGCUGGUCAGCCGGGUUCUCCUGGGCCCACUGGUGAGGCAGGGCCUUCUGGACCUCCAGGAAAGAGGGGUCCACCUGGACCUGCUGGGCCUGAGGGAAGACAGGGAGAGAAAGGAGCCAAGGGAGAGUCUGGUCUGGACGGUCCUCCUGGAAAGACUGGCCCCGUUGGACCUCAAGGUGCUCCCGGCAAACCCGGUUCUGAAGGUCUGAGAGGCAUCCCUGGCCCAGUGGGAGAACAAGGUCUGCCCGGUUCCCCUGGCCCUGAUGGGCCGCCAGGACCCAUGGGUCCUCCCGGCCUGCCAGGACUGAAGGGAGACAGCGGUCUGAAAGGUGAAAAGGGUCACCCAGGUCUUAUUGGAUUGAUCGGACCACCAGGCGAGCAGGGAGAGAAGGGAGACCGAGGCCUUCCCGGACCCCAGGGUCAAGGCGGAUCUAAAGGAGACAAUGGUAUUGCUGGCCAAACCGGUCCUCUGGGCCCCAUCGGACCCCCAGGAUUGCCUGGUCCUCCCGGUCCCAAGGGAGCCAAGGGCUCUUCUGGUCAAACAGGUCCUAAGGGAGAAUCUGGUGUUCCUGGGCCCCCUGGUCCUCCUGGUCCUCCCGGCGAUGUCAUCCAUCCUCUGCCUAUAAUGCACAGCCCCAAGCGUGCCAAGAGGAACAUCGACGCCAGCCAGCUGAUGGACGACGACGCCAACUAUAAGGAUUACGACGAUGGCAUGGAGGAGAUCUUUGGCUCGCUCAACUCCCUGAAGCUGGAGAUCGAGCAGAUGAAGCACCCGCUGGGCACCCAGACAAACCCCGCCCGUACCUGCAAGGACCUGCAGCUCUGCCACCCAGAAUUCCCCGAUGGUGAAUACUGGAUCGAUCCCAAUCAGGGCUGCUCGCGUGACGCCUUCAAGGUCUACUGCAACUUCACCGCAGGAGGCGAGAGCUGCAUCUUCCCCGACAAGAAGAGCGAAGGGACGAGACUCACCUCCUGGGUGAAGGAAUCUCCAGGCUCCUGGUUCAGUGAAUUCAAACGUGGUAAACUGCUCUCGUACGUGGAUGCGGAGGGUAACCCCAUCGGCGUGGUGCAGAUGACCUUUAUGCGGUUGCUCAGCGCCACAGCCCGCCAGAACCUCACAUACAACUGCUACCAGUCGGUGGCGUGGCACGACCCGGACUCGGACUCGUACGACAAGGCCGUCCGCUUCCUGGGCUCCAACGAUGAGGAGAUGUCUUACGACAACAACCCCUACAUCCGAGCUGUUGUGGACGGGUGUGCGUUGAAAAAGGGCUAUGAAAAGACUAUUCUUGAGAUCAGCACACCGAAGGUGGAACAGGUACCUUUCGUAGACAUCAUGUUCAACGACUUCGGCGGAGCGACACAGAAGUUUGGCUUCGAAGUGGGACCUGCCUGCUUCAUCGGCUAAGACUGUUCUCUGAACGCCCAAAGAAAAAAAAGAAAGAAAAACACACACUCACAAUCUUCUCAUUCUCUCAGAAACUUAACAUGAGAAAGAAUUCUGACUUAUUUGUAAAGUAUUUGUGUCUCCAUGCAAAAGAAACCAACAAAAAAAAACAUGUAUUACACAAUAUCAAGAUAACAAUCAAAUUGGGGAAAAAAAGAAAAUAAAGGAAGAAACAAUUCUAUAAUAAAAAAAAAAUGAUAAAAAAAAUCACAGCAACCUUGUAACCUCAGUUUACCCUCUCCCUCACAUGCAAGUUUUGAAACUGGAUGAGACCCACGCUAGCUAGCUCCACCUGUCUAUCCCCUUGACCUUUGACCUCUGACGCCCAUCUCACCUUUCACUUUUUUGCCAUGACCCCUGACCUCCUCCAUCUCUCCCUCCCUCCAUCCAUCCCACCCCCCUCCACCCUCCCGCCCCCUCCACCACUCUCAUCCGCUAAAGGCCCAGUCCCUUGCUCCCCCGGUUGCAAGGUCAGGACUGGUCAUCAGCACGCUGGUCUCUUUCCAUGUGAUGUGGCCAUUUUCCUCCUUCAAUCUGGUCCCAGUUCCCUCCCCCCCCUUUCGCCCUCGUGCAUCUGUCCUGUGUGCAGUCAUUCGUUCUUGCUAUGCUUUUGUUUUGUGCAUAAUUCUCUCCCCAUUCUUUGGAAUGGUGCUUAUUAUAUAUAAAUAUAUAAAUAUUUUUUUUAUGUUUGUAAGUACUUUCUGUAUAUUUUUUUCUGAUAAUGUGUCUGUGUUUUUUUUUAUAUUUCUGGCUUCAAAACGUGCAUGUGAUAAAUGGAAGAUGAGGAAAAGAGAUGCUGUUCCCCCCUCCCCCCCUCUAAAACCACUCUGAAUUGGAUGUGACCGCCCAAAUAAAACAAGAAACUGAGGUGGUACUGUCUUGUUACCAGUGUAAAGCACGUCUUAAUUGUAAUUUAACAAAUCAAAAAGAGUGACAAUAAAAGUCAGAAAAAAGCACACGAAGCAAUGAUGUGAGCAUUGAUUUGCCCGAAAGAAAGAAAGAAAGAAAGAAAGAAAGAAAGAAAGGUUUUUUUCUCCUGGCGGAAGGCAAUCCUGGGCCACCGUGAGCUCAGAGGUAGACCAGGAGUCGAGCGGACAUCAUCAGCCUGCGGUCAUGGCAAUCUGUUGUCAUGGCGACCGGCGGGCGCGGCUUUUAUCCCCCCCCUCCCCCAGCGCUUUUCCUCGCUUCUUGUAACCCCCUGUCGGAAGAACAGUUACACAGCGGGACAAGUUGUCACGUUAUCGAGGAACACAACAGUCGUAAAACUAGGUGCUACUUCCUCUUCUCUGUGGUGCUAUGUAUUGUUUUGUUUUUCAAUUUUUAUUUUUUUUUACUGUUAAUAAAAAAAUGAUUCACUGACAUUUUUUGUCCGACUGUUAGCGCGUCUCCCUGCCACUUACCUUCCCCUAAGACAGGGGGCGUGAUGCUGUGCCUGAGCGGGAAAUAUUUUACUGCAUGCCAAUCCAUCAUAUUCACUCAUAGAACAGAUUGUUGUUUUAUUUCGUUGAUGUUAUUUGCUGUCAUGUAAUUUUUGUUUUCAGUGUUUGUUUACGUCAGAUGUCUUUCUUUUUCAUGGCCCACACAGAAAACCACACUUGUCAAAGGACUGAGUGAGCACUGCAGAUUGUAGGAGGAAAUCAGAUCAGUCCUGCCACACCUAACUAGUGCAAUGCUAAUAUGCUAAAGUUGCUACCUAACGGUAGCCAUAGUCCGAAUGUCAGCUGAAAGUGGCCAUCAUGACUGAUGCAGGAAAGGGAGUGUCUUCCCUGACUAGUUGCCACGCCCCUUUACUCUUUAGACCUCUCUCUGUCCUUUGUGCUGUUUUGUUGGUGGAGGGGUGUUCCAGUCGUCCGGGUGUCAGGGGAAAGGGGUGCGGUGGGGGGGUGCUAAAUCACCCUCCCCUCCCCCUUGAGAAUUCCAAAGCUUUUUGCCAAGGAGGAGAGCCUUAGUCGAUGUACCUGAUGAUCCUCCAGUCUCCUGCCAAAGCCCUUAAUUUCUUCUUAUUCUUCCUUUCCUUUUAUCUUCAGAGACUUGAAGGCCACAGUCACUUAAUUUAAAGACCUAAUGUUCAUAUAUGGAGGACUGUCGCUGGUUGCCUUUUUAUGCCGUACGAGUGUACAGGUCCCCACCCCACUUUUUUAUGGAGAGUAGGAGCAGGUAUCUCAUCACACUGCACAUUAAGAGGAGCCACUUGAGAGUAAUAAAUAUUAUUAAUUUUAUUUUAUAUUGUAUUGUUUCAAUUUUUUCCUCUUGCUUACUGAAGGGAGGUGGAGAAAGACAAAAUCAAGCUUAUGUAGAGCCCUUUGGGUUCAAGUUAAUCCGCUAUGAUCCAGCUCUCUAUUUGCCACUAGUCAAAUGCGCAUUGUACAAACCACAAUCUCUAGCUUGUCACCACUGCAUCGCCUGCUAUGAUGCCCUUACUUCUCUAUCGUUUCUUUUUUUUUUUUAAUGACUUGAAUGACUUUAAAACCACAGACAUAGUUUCGGAAUAUCACUUUAAACAUUUUGCUCUCGAUUCACAAAAAAGCAAUAAAACGAAUUUCUGUAAAUGUUUUAAAACCAGCAGCCAUGCUGCCAAUUAAAAUUUAUUUUAUUUUCUUCUUUUUUUAUUUUUAUUUUGUCUCUCUCCCUUUUUUGGUAAUAUAAUGUGCAUUCUUUUUCCAAGUUUUUUCUCCUUGUCAAACCUGUGUAAGAAAGGAAUAGAUGAUAUAUUGGUUUUUAUGUCAAUAAAUUCAAGUUUACUGUGGCCACACACUCUUGUAUGUCUUUUGAAGCAUUAAAACGUAUCUGUAUGCAUGAGUUGAAGUUUUUCCUCUCCUUGUUAUACAUUCAGAUGACCUGAUCUCCAGCCCACAAUUUUAUUCCGAAACAUUAUCUAUUUCAAGAGUGCCUCUUUGAUAAAGCAAGCUGUCAUGCAUUGUGAAUUGGGGAGAGAGCAGUGAUCAUGUAACUCUCUACCUAAGCCAUUGUUUUUUUUGUAGUAUAUUUAUUGUAUUAUUUAAAAAAAUAAAUGUAAAUGGAUACCAGUA